AUGUCCAAGGCACAUUUGAAAAUAAUAAAUGUACGAAACAGACUUGACUAUGACUUGAAAAAUGUCUCAGUGAAAUAUGCCGCUGGUAAUAAAAUACAAGCUCAAGGAGGAUUGGCAACUGAAUAUUGGUUUGAUUGGAAAACGGUAAAUAUUCACACCGAAGAAAAUAUUAAAUUCACAAAUCUAAUAGCUAUCGGCGACGUAAAUUCCAAAUCGGAAAAAAGUGCAAAUGAUCUAGAAUGUAGUACAUAUUACCGUGGUUAUUGGCAAGUAUACUUUACCAUGAAUGGAGUAGCAUAUCAGCUAAACAAAAAUAAUGCGCAGGCUAAUGUUUGGGAUGUUGACGAUGGUGGAGAAUUAGAAAUAACCAUACUCAAAGAAGGAACUGAUAUUCGUGUUGAUUUUAAAUUAGCAUCAGGCAAUGCUUACUUCUAUGGCGAACCUAUUAUAAAAUAA